AUGUGUGUAAUUGUGCGUCGCCGUGUUAUGCACAUUUUCGUUUGUUACCGUACUUUUGUUGCUGAUUCCCAAAAUUUUUUCACAUUUCACUUCAUAAACCCGAUAUAUUUCAAUGCUUGCGUGAACACUUUGAAUUUAUAUUCACUCCACUCACGUGGUAAAUUCAUAGAGGUGAGUUGCAAUUCCUGUUCGAAUCCAAUUUUACCGAGUUUUCGUUCAAAAUUGAAAAAAUCACGUAUUUUUUUCGAAAAUCAUGUUUUUUGUUGCAGACAUGUCUGAAGACUGGGGUUGCAACGAAGAAUUAUUCGGCGAGACGAGCAACGUCGAAAAGCAAACUAAAUCGCUUACCGAACUCGUCGAUAUUCUCACCAAGAAAAAUAAAAAUGGGCCAAAAGUCGCGGCACAAUCGUCUGUGGAACCGGAAAAUGUGAAAGUCAUACCGUUUCAAAGACCUGGAUUGUCAUCAAAAUCGGCGACAAAGAUCGGAAUGGUUCAUGCCCCAAAAAUCUUGAAGAAAAAGAAGGCACAGGCCGGUUCAUCAGUCACCAACAAUAACAAGAUUUUGAAUGAGACUAAUGUCAAGCGAGUCACUUUUGAGGUCGAGAAAUUCAUAUCCAGAGAAGCCGCAAAAGAUGAUCGCGAAAAAGCGAGAGAUCGUAUGCUGGUGAGUUGUAUUUUUCAUGAAUUUAAUCGAAAAUCUAUUGUUUUUCAGGCAUCUCUUGGUGCUGCACCUCAAAAACGUGAGUAUGUCAACUACAAAGAUCUGAAAAUCGAUCGAGCAAACCAAAAAGCAGAUGCAAAAGCACAAGCAGAAAUGCAUCACGCUAACAAUUUGUCAAUGACGGUUAUCAAAAAGAAGAAAAAUAAUAACAAGAAAAAGUAA